UAGGUUAUGUUGUGAUUCCCUUUGUUUUGAUUUGAUAUUUAGGUUGUUGUAUAGAAUUUAUUUCUAAAAUGUUUCACUCUUUAAAGGCAAUGAAGUAUCAGUCGAUAAGAUCUCUUUUGAAAGUGCAUGGCUGUGGUUGUGUCAGUAGAAAUAUACAUAAUGUAGGUUUGAAUGAUAUUCCGAAGAUAACAGUGGCUGAUAUUAGGAAACUGUUGAGACAAAAAGGGUUCGCAGUUCAAGACGGGUUUACAUCUCUUACUACGAAGUGUAAUGUGUGUUCAACAGAACAGAAACCAUGUGAUAGCAAGCUGUAUAUUAAUAAAACCACAGGAUAUUUUUUAUGUCCACAAUGUAAUGUUCAUGGAGACUGGAGCAUUCUGGAGAGGCUAGUUAGAAGAGCGAAAGUGGAAGCAUCAGUUAAAGACUUCAUUGAGAAGUGUGUGCUAACAUCUAAGGAAUUCAAGAUCGAUUGGGAAGCUGUGUUAAAAUCCACUACCUCAUUGUCACAAAUAAAUGAAACUGAAGUAUUAGAAUUGUUUAGGCUGUUUGAAUUUCCGUUCCACCCAGAAGCCAGUAAAACCCUUUCAGAAGUAAGAGUCACAGGUGACCACUCAACAUUAUAUUUUCCACUGAAAAACUCCCUUGACCAAGUGGUGGGCUAUCGUAAAAUCCAAGCUGGAAGGGAAGAAGAGACAGAGAGCCACGGACUGCACACUGCUGGUCUGUUCUGGUGUCGAGCACCUAAAGUCAGCAGGAAUGAUCAGGCCAUCCUAGUACCUAGCAUACAAGAUGUACUCAACUUAGCUGCUGAGAAAAUACCAGGCACUAUAGUAUGGCUUAGCAACUGCAACCUGCCACCGGUGGUGCUGCCAGUAUUAGAGAACUACCAGAAGUUAUGUCUGUGGGGUGACUGGGACAACAUGCGCGCCGUCGCGGAGAAGCUCGGCGAAGAGCGCUGUCGAUUUGUCAGACCUACAGACGGACUAGUGACGGCAUCUGAAGCAGCCGCAGCUAAUAUCUCACUGAAGACCCUCGUAUCCGAAGCCAAGCCCGCCGCGCACCGUUCCAUCACCACGUUCGCGGCUCUUCGAGAUGACGUCUAUGCUGAACUGACCAACAUUGACAAGGUGCGCGGUAUAAAAUGGAAGCGGUUCCCGGCGCUGACGAAGCUGCUGGGCGGGCACCGGCGCGGCGAGCUGACGGUGCUAACCGGACCCACGGGCUGCGGCAAAACCACGCUCUGUGCCGAGAUGUCGCUCGACCUCGCGCAGCAAGGGGUGACGACUCUAUGGGGCAGCUUCGAGAUACGUAACUCGCGACUCGCGCGCACCAUGUUGCAGCAGUUCGCUGGCGUGCCCCUCGAAAACCACCUGCCCGACUUCGGCAAGUACGCCGACGACUUCCAGAAGCUUCCAGUCUACUACCUCGCGUUCCACGGACAACAGCCCAUCAAAGUUGUUAUGGAUGCGGUAGAGCAUGCGCGCUACAUGCACGACAUAGCGCACGUGGUGGUAGACAACGUGCAGUUCAUGCUGGGGGUGGGCGAGGACCGCGACGACCGCUACCACCGCCAGGACGCAGUCAUCGCCGCCUUCCGCACCUUCGCCACCGCGCGCCACUGCCACGUCACCCUCGUCAUGCAUCCACGGAAGGAACGAGAGUCGGAAGAUCUAUCAACGAGUUCUAUUUUUGGCAGCGCCAAGGCAUCGCAGGAGGCGGAUAACGUUCUUAUAAUACAGGACAAACGUCUGACAGCAGUGAGAGGCAAGAAAUACUUACAAGUCGCCAAAAACCGAUACAGCGGGGACCUCGGGAUUGUGCCACUUGACUUCGAUAAAGACGCCCUCAGCUACCAAGCAAAGAAGAAAGGAAAGAAAUAUGACGAACCUGACAAAUUAUUAGACCAGUGCUUAGAAGAAUUUUCUACUGAUCAAGAGUUUGAUGAAUUCCCCAGAAGAGACAAUCAAGGAAAACUAAAAAAUAGAAGUAAGAAAAAUGCUGAUAGUUAUUUAAGUGAUAUCUUAAAUUUAAACAGAACUAGAUAGCUCUGUAAUAGAUAAAACAUUGUUUAUAGGCAUACCAGUAAGUUAUUAUUAUUAAUAAGAUUAAAAUAUAUUUUUCUUAAUAAAGAACUGUUCUGUAAUGAUGCGACUAUAAAAUGCUAAUUGGUGAAAAUAAAACCACAAUCUUCUUAA